GAUUUCCCGCUCUCAAGAUUUUAUUCACUUUACCAAACGCAAGUGUGCCAAAAUGGUUGUGCCAAUACCCAGCGAUGGUAAAUCGCGUCAACCGCGAGCCAAAUCGAAACAGUACGUCGGUAACGAUUUGGUCAUUAAUUUACAAGAAAAUAACGCGGGAAUUACUGUGAUAGGAAACGAGUGCCGAAUACACAUAGGUGUUAAUAAUGGAAGGCUAAAGGUUGUUGGUAAUUCUUGUCGCGUGGACGUUUCCGGUGGCGAUGGAGAAAUUACUUAUAAUGGCAAUGAUGGUCGGAUCAAGUUGGGACCGUUGAUGGACGUUGAUAGGGUGACGUAUUUUGGAAAUUGUGGCAGAAUCGCGAAAGGUGGUGCUACGAUAGCUUGUGCAAAACCCGAAGAUGGUAGUGCCCAGGGUAAUAGAGACUGGCUAAAUCGAGGUAGUGGAAAAUGUUUUCAUGUUGAUAGUCAAAAACAUAAACAUUUUUCAAGUGGACUGAGCACGUAUUCGUUGGGGAUUCCUGGUGUUGUUAUGAGCACGCAAAUUUUGCAGAGCGUUCGAAAGCGUAGAUAAUUAAUAAGUACGCACUUACAGAGAAUUGAAUAGUAGAUUAAUGUACCUAUUUAUUUGAUUAUGUAUUUAUUAGGCAAUUAUACACUACUUUUUACAUA